UCUAAGCAAUUAUUCUUUACCAAUAAAUAUCGUGCUCGUUUCUUCAAAAAAACAUUCCUAAACUCUAAAUUUAUUUUAUAAUUUCGUUAAUUUUUUUCUUUUAAUUUUUUUAAUGGCCAUUUGAACAUGUUUUACCUCAUUUUAUGGGGACCUAGUUUAAGUGAUGUAUUUUUUGCCAUUUAUAGCCUGAUAAAGGGCACCAUAUGGUUUUAUCCGGAUGGUUCAUAGACGAGGAUAAAAUUUGUGUUAUGGUCGAUGGGAAUGUUGUCACCGAGGUGCGCGCCGAUAAAGGGGGCAACCUAAAUUGGACUUGGUUAAAGGAAGUAUUUAACAUACAACGAAGGCCUUCAUUGGAUGAAGUCAUAACUGAUUGGCCGAAUCUUCUACAAACAGAGCAUCCUAAGACACCGACGUCUUCCCGAAGGCCAUCAUUAGCUGACUUAAUACCAGAUUGGCCUGUUUUACACCAUUUUACAAAAACGGAGGUUGGAUGUUACCGCACAACACUUCUUUGUAUCAAUACUUCUUUUGUGCACGAUCUGUCACCACAAAAAAACAAUCUUGGAACCGCUGUACAUUACUCCCUGCUUACUUAAUUUUAGUGUCACAAAUUUAAUUCUCCAAAAUGGAUG